AUGAUUUUGCCAAGCGAAACUGCAUUUGCCAACGAUAAUGCUAAACAUAUGAACUUGCCUCAACUGAAACCAUCCUCAUGGUGGAACCGUGCAUUGAUACCAUUUCUCAUUUGCCUUGGAUUAGGCUACCUCAAUUUUGCACUCAACUAUUCAUUGGGGUAUAAAGAAGUUUACCAACAUCACUCUCGCGCAAGUGCUAUUUUGUUGUGGGUGAUCUCAGGGUACAUUCAGGUAUGCAUCUUUAUAUACUGGAUUUUAAUAAUCUGUAUUGGUCCUGGGGUUGCACCGAAAAUUGCUCCAUUCAACAUUUAUGAUGAGCCACCAAGACCGCUGUUGCAACUAACUCCUACCCCCGAUAUAUUUUUUUGUGACAAGAUGGGGUAUCCAUAUUACGAUUCGCAAGUGGAUUCGAUAAAGCUUGAGCGUUCGUUUUAUUCCAAAUACGUUGGACAUACUGUUUUGAAAUAUGACCACUAUUGUGUUUGGAUUGGAGCUACAAUUGGUCGUAAUAACUACUUGUACUUUUUGAAAUUCUGCGCAUGUUUCCUUGCAUUCUUUGUUGUCUUGCUCGUAUACACCGGUGUUUAUACCCGCGCAUCGAUCAACCGUGGCGGGGAGAUUAAUCAUAACUAUAUAGUGUUGUACAUUAUGGGCGGAUUUUGGGUGUUGAUGAUUAGUGCACUUUUGGGGACACAUUUACGUUAUGUUUGCAUCAAUAUUACCACACUCGAUGACCUAGCGAUCAAGCAAAGAGACCGCUACACUAGAUGGAAAAGUCGGAAUAAUAAAAAUGAAAAAAAAGAUGAAGGAAAAGGAAAAGGAAAAGGAAAAGGAAGAGGAAGAGAAGGAGGAGGGGAAGACGGAAAGAUGAGCAGAAAUCAGGGACUGAGCGAACCCAGGGAUCUACGACCAAUUUUUGAAUGUUUGAAGGCCAAAACUCCUAGAAUGGAAGACGGUCGACGAUAUGUUAAUGUUAAACAUGGGGAAUACAGAUUAGUCGUUGAAUUCGAUGUUACAAAACGGCCUUUUGAUUUGGGAUUAAAGAUCAAUUGGAUUAACCUUGUAUUCAAUGGCAAUCGGAAUAAAAUGCAGCCGAGAUCUUUUUAUACAAAUUUCAAGUUUAUUUUGUCUAUUCUCCAAAUGUUUACUCCAUUUAUAGAACUCAUUUGGCAACAUCUUGGUAAACCGAAGUAUCGGGAUAUUGAAAAAGAAAAUAAUGAGCAACACCAGUCAUACUCGGUGUAUGAACAAUAUUCGGAACAAUUGGGUCCAUUGUUUUUGAACAAUGUUUAUGAAAAGAUAAACAAACGAGACUGUUACUUAGCUAGCUAUACAAACGUUAAAGAACAAUAA